AUGACGGAACCAAAAUUUCACAGGUUAGUCCGACGUAAGAAGCCAAAUGGGCGAGGCUACGGGCCGAGUGACUUCGACAAAUUUGAUCGUUAUAGUGCUUGCUGUGGCUACGGACAGCUCGGCGAGGUCAAGGUUACGACUCAGAUCAAUUUUAAUGAUUCGGAAUGGGGUCUUAUCGGCGCAGACACUCCGGGUGCUAUCAUACAUAUGAAUAUUGGUUUCACCCAACCUGAGAAGUGCAAGUUAGAGACGGCAACGAUCUUAGUAACCUUAGGGUCGCUUGACGAGAUUGAUGAUAAAGCAGAGCUUGAUGCGCUCGAGCGGCGACCCGGACUUUCCUCACGAAUUCCUUCUCGUGUUCAGUUUACACACUUGGGACCAGUAUAUGUGCCAGGUAGAGAGACGGAAAUAGAUUUCUCACGCCACAUAAGUGGGAAUCCGUCGCUCUCAUUUAAGGAUGCUUCUUUGAGCGGCCUAGGAGUCGAUCAGCAAAAGACCUACAAGUAUUAUAAUCGGUGGGUCUUUUCCGGUCAGUUACUAGGAGAUGAUGAACACUCUGGCUUUAGAAAGCUGCAAUGGUUUUUACAAGAGAACAAGCUCGACUCGCCGUCGAAUCAUAGACCAGACUUCGAAGCUGCUUUUGCGUUGGUUCAUGAUCAUAACCCUUUCUUCAUCAGGGUAGAAAUUCAGGGGAAACUUGAAAAGAGACUGGAUCGCGUCAAGCAAAAAUUCCAAAAGCUUAAAUACGGGUUCUAUGGGGACAAGCCUCUUCGGUCCACACUAACAGUUGUCAACCAUACUGGAGUCGAGUUACCAAGAAGGCAGCUAAUAACUAAGGCUAAAAAUCUACCCGAAAAGAUGGCUAAGAGAAAUGGUGUCAUCGAGGUCAUUCCUAGAAGAGAGACAGAAGACGAGGAUAGCGAGGUCGAUGAUGACGGCGAUGGAGAUGAUACUGAUUCUCUCAAAGUAAGGAAUGUCACGAAGAGAAAGUCACUUCGCAAAACUCCUCAGAAGUCGCCAAAAGAUCCAUUCUUCGGUGAAGUAAAGAGGGUACAUGCAUCUCUAUCUACAGGCGCAAUGAAUCGGACAUCAUGGUUAUCAUCUACUACACUUGUAGACGACGACGGAGAUGAGAAUACGGCCAGUUCCGAGCAAGAGCCUGAAAAGAAGAAGGAAACCGACGACGCCGAAACUCUAAACUUCCUUCUACUCAUCAGAUUCAUUUUCCAAUAUUUAUUUCUACAAGCAGGAUAUGUGACCUCCAAGUUCUCCAAACCCAAUAAAGAGUAA